UCGUGUGAGGAUGUCGAUGAAUGUCUAACAAGUGUGCCAUGUCAUGAGAAGGCAAGUUGCAAAAACAAGGCUGGAACCUUUUCGUGUUCGUGUAAAGAAGGAUACGUCGGUGAUGGCAUUCAAAUGUGCUUACCUGAUGAAACUUAUUGGUGUAAAGUGUGCGAUACAUCAACAACCAUCUGUGUGCUCAAUGAACGCAACGAUGCCUACAAAUGUAAGUGCUUACCUGGAUUCCAACCGUCUUUGAGUGAUGCGAAUCGUUGCGAUGAUAUCUCGGAAUGUUUCGAUCCAGAGCUGAAUAACUGUGAUAAAACACCCGGACAUGCGCGAUGUAUCGAAGAACCGGGCAGUUACCGAUGUGAAUGCAAUGACGGGUUCGAGGGUGAUGGCAUCAUUUGUCAACGUGCGUUUUCAUUCCAUGAAGCAAUAAUCACUCACUUAUUCGUCGAUUUGUUCAUUUUGUUUCCGUUUCCGUUACCGUCAGUCAGUUCCAAAAUAAUUUAG